CCGGGAUUACUCUUUACACUAUCAAAUCCAUCGAGUUGAAUUUAUUGAAGAACGUGGAAAAAUUACAAAUAAUUGAAAUUUACUAAUUUUAUGAUCAGACAUCCCUGUGGUUUUCCGGUGUGUGUACUGUACGUAUGUGAUCUGCCAGACUUUCAUUGCGACACAUAAGAAGGUAAAGAGAGGGAAAGAUGCCGGCUGCACUUCCAGAGGAACUCUCCACGCCGCACGUGGCGGAGAAGGAAGGUCAUGAGUCGGCAGAUCCUGUCAAACCAGAAGAUGUACGUGCGCCCCUCAAAAGAAAAGCUGUCCCCCUCCUACCAUCACUUGGAGAGGAUGAAGCUUCUUGGAAUUAUAUCGACGAGAAAAUGAAACACGCACGUGAAAUGAUUCGGUUGACGGUAUCUGUUAAACCAGCCAAGUUGGCACGCUAUGAUCAGCAGAUCGGUAAGGAACGGGAUCUUAGUGGUAUAAUAGGAUAUGGCCAAGCUACAACCAAUAGUCGAGAUGUUAUUCCUCUUGACGAGCUGAGAAUGGAGGAACGUCACACCCCAUUAGAUGUCAAGGCUUUUCUCUCGAGAGUUGGGACUUUUGAUUUGAGGCUGUGGUCAGGCAAGCCAAAUCGGCUAUGCGCUUAUGAGUGUGCACGAUACGGCUGGAGAAUUGCUGGAAAAAACACGCUACUCUGCGUUUCUUGUAGAAAUCUACUUAGCAUUCCCAAUGAUCACGGAGAUUCACAAUUAGACGAAUGGACUACGUCAAUUGAGGAACAGAUACAUAAAAUUGGACAUAUGAGUGACUGCAUCUGGGUGAGGAGUCCAUCACCGUUGAACAUUUUGUUGCUGCCUGAAGGGAAUGAUAUGCAAACUUAUAUGAAAAACGCGGCCCAAUCAUUCAACCGCAUGAGAACAGUUCCAGUAUUAUCUAGUUGUUAUCAAGGGAUCUUGGAUUCAUUUGAUAUGACUGGAUUUAAGGACAAGACCGAACUGCAGCUUCUUCAAAUCAUUGAAGGCACCUCACUUAAGUCGAUUGAGCAAUCUGCACUGUUCUUGAUGUUGAACGGCUGGACAAUGGAUGAUAUGGAUCUUAACGCUCUUCAAUGUCACCUCUGUUUACGACAAGUUCCUUUGUGGGUGUGCUCACCCCUUCCAUCGAGUGUGUCCAGGGAAGAUGCAGCCUCUGCUACUCCUCAGCGUGAGCCUCACUCCCAUGUCAAACAACGGGAAUUGGAUCCAAUUACUAGUCAUUGGUUUUGGUGUCCAUGGCGGAAGAUGUUGCAGCGCUCUGGCCCUGAAAAGAAGGUCCAGCCGAACGCGUUGCUGACAGAGGGUACUCGGGAAUUGAAUGCUGACAAUUUUUCGCCCAACUUGAAUUCAUACAUGAAUCUUGCGCUGAAAAUUGACGCAGAUUUCAAGCGUGGACGACUUGUACAUGGGCGACAAACGUUUGAAAUGUCCGAUAACAAAAUCGCAUUUUCUACUAUUAGCAACUUUAAGGAACUUCUCCAUACUCUUCAAUCUGGAAAUACUAGUAGUUCAUACACUGUGCCAUCCGGCAGUGUUUGGUCGAAUGAUGUGGAAAAUGACAUGGUUUCCAUUAUCCCACUGCCAACUGUAGUUGCGAAACCAUUAGUCCAAGACGAAGAAGAACCGCAAGCUUAUUCUGAUCCAAUAUCAGCAGAAACAGAACCAAAUGGGUCUCAAAUUGAUCUAGCCAAUGAUUUCGAACAAGGGGACGGCAAUAUUGACCAGUCCUCAAAUGUUACCCAGGAUCAUUCUAUUCCUGCAGAAAAUGAGACAACUGAAGCCAUAAUAAACGAUGAAUCCGCUACAACCGCCAUUGCUUUAGAAAUGCAGUCAGAUUCUAACAAUGUAAAUGGAGAAAUGUGUGACGAAAACACGGGUGUGACCAGUACGAACAUUGAUGAAAACAUGUUUUAUACCCAAGAAAAAAUUGAAGAUUUCAAAGACGAUGCCAUCAGUCCACCUACCUCCUACCUACUAGAUGAUAAUAAAGACCUUAUUGCUUCAGACGCUUUAGAAAACUGUAUUGAUCAGGGGGGAAAUAAAAAACUAAUGAAUAUGUCAGAUUUUCAACCACUUGAACAAUCUAAGUACAUCGAGCCACUCGAAAUCAACGCAGCUACACAGGAUGAUGAAAACGUGACAGAAGUGGAAAAUGUUCAAGUCAUAAGUCAAUCUCCUGUAUAUCAAAUCACAGAUGAUCUUAUAAGUGUGAAACCUGAUGAUGACUACAACAGUCUUCCGGAUGUUACUGUACCUAAUUCUGAUCUUGUUUCAAAUAUGUUGGCCUCUGCCGCUGAAGUGCCCUCAUAUCAACCAGUAGAUGAACUCCAUGAUCACGGCCGAGACGAUGCCGACAAUCAAAACAAUAUGCAAGAAGAGAACCAAGAUGACGAAGGAGAUGACUAUGCGGACGACGAACAUAAUUACUCAAAUGAAAAUGAAAUGGAGGAUAGCAGCGACAAUGCGGAACAUGGCGAGAUGGCUGCUAAUAGCAAUCAUUCAGACUCGGACGAAAGCGACAUUGUUUACUUGGAUUAAUUUAGGUUUAUACUCAUUAACUUAUUUAAGCGUCGGUGACGGGUACUACUACAAUUAUGUAGCUACUAUACAUAUAAUUCUUUAUGUUUGUUUCUUACGUUGAUUACUUAAAAAUUUAUUUCAUUUGUAGUAAUAAUAAUUCAUAACGAAUACAUGAAUGAACGGUUUCUUAUAGACUGAUAAUAAUUUUUGGUACUAUACGUUAGCAAAAGGUAGCAUUGUUGUGUUUGUAUUGUAACUGAAAUUUUAUACAAACGGUAAUAAAAAUACGAAAUUAAAUUAA